AUGUUACCCCAAUUUGUAGGCCCUUAUCCUCCGGUGCGGCGGAGCUACUCCGUCCAGGUGAACCACCACCACCACCACGUCGUUGCGCUGACGUCAUCCACUCUGGGCUCCCGCAAUCUCGAUCCCCGAGAUCCAUACAAUAAACCCCGCUACGACCAUCCUCCGCCGAUCCAAAUCCCCGCCGGAGACGGACAAUCCGACACCGGCGGCGGCAGCGAGAGGAAAAAAACGCCGAAAGAAGAAUUCGAGAUGGGGAUGGUCGAGGCCAAGACUUGGUCCCUGUUGAUCAACGACAAAACCGCUCGGCGAACCCGAGACCAUCAAAACCCACUUAGGCCCGCGGCCCGACAUUUCCGAAGUUUCUCCUUCCACGCCCCGUCGUGCUCCGGCGAAGACCAACCGACCCCACGCAUCCAAGGCACCAUAAGGUCACUUGAACUGUCUCGGGCCGACGACCACGUACCCGGCCUUCGAAUCAUAACAAGAAAAGAAAAUCCAAGUACCAAUCACACUGCCAAAGCAAAUCAUUCAAGCAGACCUCACGGUAUUGCCGUCUUCAUCAAUCCCCUCCACAAAUAUGUUGGGGGCUUGAUACAGCUGCACCAGACGAGCGGCUAUCUGGAGAGAAGUAAGAUUCGGGCCCUGUACAGCGCCAGCUGCCUCCUCAUCAGUAGAUAUGACGAGCGCCCUACAUAA